GGUCUAGGAUUUGAGUGUGAUUGAUUCUGUUUUUUUAACAUCACGCUACUCUUUUUUCUCUUCCUUUAAGUAGAGAAACAAGAACAAGAGAACAGUCCAUAUCAAUCUUAUUUUCCUCCACAAGAAAACCCAUUUGGUGUUCAUUUGCAUAGGGGAGGCUAAAAAUGAAUGCAUCAACUUCUGAAUGCAGUAGUGGAUGUGAAUCUGGUUGGACAAUGUACUUGGAUGAUUAUGAUCAUCAAUCUUCAUACUCUGCAGAUCAAUUCAAGAAAAAUGGUGGUAGAGAUGUUAGUGAAGAUUGUGGAUAUAAAUCAGCAAAUGUGGAGGACUUUGAUGAAGAUGAAGAUUUGUCUAUGGUCUCUGAUGCAUCGUCUGGGCCGCCACAUGUCCGAGGAGACGAAGACGAUGAAACUGAGUAUUUUUGUUGCGGUUCUUCGGCUUCUAAGCAAGCGAACAAGCGAAAGAAGAAAAAGAAAUUCAAAGAACAGAGAGGCAAACAUCAGCAUUUGUUUCUUGAUGACACCGCGAGCUCCGGUGUUAAGGAUCAUAUAGCUCUUCCCCCAAGUGGAGCUUCAAUGGAGCAUGCACUAGGCUUCUCUCAGGGUUUCUCUGCAACACAUUUCAAGGGGAAAUCUGCAACGCAGAAGCACUUUGGUUUGUUUCAGUCUUCUGUGUCAGGGAAACCAACUUCAGGAGCAAAAGGUGGUUUGCAGGGAAGAAAGUGAGAAUGAGGAGAAAGUGAAUCUUCUACUCUACUGUUUGUUGCAGCUGCAGUCUCUCAUCAAGGAAUGGGCGUGUAAAAGGAAAAAGAAAUUAAAAAAGUAGAUAUCUGAGGAUCUUGGUCCAUUCUUUUCUGUAAUUUUUAUUGCUAUUUGUUCUUGUCAAUGUAGUAGGAAACUGUCUGAGAACAUAAAAAAAAUAAAUUUCCUGUUUUUAUUUCCAAUAUU